AUGACUGCAUGCGACGAAAAUAUUGAAUAUAGUAAGGGGUACGAUUUAGAAGAAACUACUCAUGAUUUUUUCCCAUUCUUUAAAGUUUGCAACGAUGGUCGUAUUGAUAGGUAUAUCCUCACAACCCAGGUAGGUCCGGGUGUCGAUCCAUAUACCGGAGUCGAAACAAGAGACGUUGUAAUAUCAACCAACCCUAAAAUAUCGGGUCGGAUCUUCCUACCCAAAAUGGAUGAUACGGAUAGCGAAGACGAUAGUCCAAAGAGUAGGAAGGGUACUUUACCAUUGCUUGUACAUUACCAUGGUGGUGGGUUUUGUACCGGGUCAGCCUUUGGCCCAAUUAUCAAGCAAUUCCUGACCAAUUUGGUAUCCAUGGCCCAUGUGGUUGCUGUUGCUGUGGACUUUAGGCUGCCCCCAGAGCACCCCUUACCCAUUGCAUAUGAUGACUGUUGGGCCGCUUUCAAAUGGGUCGGGUCCCAUGCUAAUGGGAAUGGGCCGGAUCCUUGGUUGAAUGAGUACGCGGAUUUUAACCGGGUUAUUUUGGGUGGGGAAAGUACUGGAGCUAACCUUGCCCAUAAUGUAGCAAUUAAAGCUAGUGUUGAACCUUUAGACGGGUUAAAUCUUGAAAGUUUACUAGCUAUCCACCCGUUUUUCUCAACCAAACAACAACUGGAAACGGUAAUCAGCUAUAUAUACCCGUCAAUUAAGGGUUUGGAUGAAGAACCGAGGUUGAACCCGAGUGUGGAUCCGAGAUUGUAUAGGUUGGCAUGUGAUAAGGUGUUGAUUUGUGUUGCGGAAAAAGAUAGGUAUAGAGGAAGAGGUUUUAGUUACUUUGAUUCUUUAGAAACAAGGUGGGAAGGGAAGGUUGAACUUGUGGAAACAUUAGGAGAAGGCCAUUGUUUUCAUUUGCUUGAUGCUACCUCUCCUAAUAUCAAACCUUUGAUGGAUAAGCUUACUUCUUUUAUUAAAGAGGAUUAUUAA